CGUCUUUUUAGACAUGUGUGGAAAAAACGUUUUAUUUAAAAUAUACGUGUUGUCUGCGUGGAAAGAAAAACAAAAUAAAAAUAAAAGUAAGAAUAAAAAAUAUAAAGAUAAAUGUUUUUUUUAUUCUGAGGUAUUUCGGAAUUUACACAUAAAAAAAAUUCUGUCUUUGUAGUGUGAUUCUUUUAUGCCAACUAGGCACCAUAAACGCGCGCGCGAGGCGCGCUAUUUAAUUUUUUAUUUUUUACCUUUUAAAAAUAAAUUGCAACGACAAUUGUAUAAAUAACCAUCUAUACAAAUUUGACAGCUGUCAAAAUUCAAUUGCAAUGACGGUUAGUAAGCGCAACGAGAGAACUAUAAUCAGCAUCGUAGACAACUGUCAACAAUAAAAUCGGUAACAUUUCCUUUUUAAAAGUGGAAACAAAAAUUUUACAAAAAAAAAAAGAAAAACUAGUAUGAAUUAUAAAGAUAUUUUGUAUAUAAUUAACAUGACAUGUUAAUAUAACGAAUUUCAAAUUCACUUGUUGAACAGUUGAAGAAUAUUAACAAGUAAAUGUCGGAUCAGAUUAUAGUUUUCAAAAAUUAUGAUCGCAAAUAUGUAUUCGUCCGUGUUGCACGUUGCACUAUCUACACCGGAAGCUCGGAACACGGAACACGCAUGUGCGUGACAUCUCGCUGUGUCCCGCGAUGAGGAACAAGUAUGUUGAAUAAUUUUUGUAGAUGUAUGCUUUAUUAGCUAUUAAUAUUAACGAACGAUCUGCCGCAUUGUUUAAAGCGGGAUCAUCGUUCGGUGAAAGGGAGUCAUGUAGUCGUCAAUGCUGCCAUUGGAGUUCGAAAAGGAAUGAGUUUUGACGUUUCGCUGAUGGGUGCGAUGAAUGAGAAUUUUUCAAAACGCGAUUAACACUAAGGAAUCCACCUGGCACAAUGUUCCCCCAUGUCGAGUCUAACCUAUAAGUGUGGAAAAGAACGUGUCAAACGUGUAAUUUUCCGUAUAAGGAUUUGAGAAGUAGGUUGAGGACGCUCGUUUUUCUAGUACAGAGAGGUGAAACGUACGUGAGAAAGAGAAAAAAAAUGGAAGAAAAAAAAAUAGACGAAAUCUCGCCUUCGUCUUCGAGCGACAUGGUCUCCAGCCAAAGAUCAUUGCCGACCACUUACGAUCCCGGAUGGAACGAUCCGCCGGAGUGGGCACUGUCCUCGCAGCACAAUUCGUCCGGGACUUCUACCAGGAGACUCCUAAACAAGCGAGUGGCGUUUCCGCUGUCAUCCUCGCAGGCUUCUUCUCCAGAGAUCGCUAGCCCGCUACCUCUGUCGAAUAUGCCACCUCCCAUUCCGCAGUCUACCGCAGCUCCUACAAUAUCCACGGCACCUCAUAAGCCUCUUCUGGCUCCUACCAGUAAAGACUGUGUGAAAAUAUUGGAGUCAGAAGAUAAUUUCGACAAGGAUCAAGCUUUAAUGGAAAUAUUGGCUAGUUUAGAAUCUGUGAUAACAGAGAAGAUGGAAGAGAACAAGGCGAAGGAGAUACGGAGACGAUUGGACACUAUGAAAUCUAAUUGGCUUGAGAAUAAACUGAACGACACAGUGCAGAGAAACCUUUUGAAUCUAUCAAAAGCACUGCUGAGGAAAGAUGUCAAGGAAGCCGACAAAUUUCACAUUACCCUUAUGACGCAACACGCAACUGCUUGUCGUACUUGGAUGCCGGCCAUCAGACAUAUAAUUUUCGAAUUGAAAAAGGAAAAUGAGAACUCCGACGUUCCACAACCGGAGCAGUCGCCUCUGUUGUUUGUUGAUACGAAGAAAAACUGAAUUUAUCGCCGAAAGCUAAGUUUAUUAGAUAUUUAAUAAAACAAUUAAGAAAUAAUUGAAAGUUUAUUUGUUGUGGCUUUUUAUAUGCCUACGUGCGGCUGCGCGUGAUAUUUUUAUAAGGAGCGUGUCGAACGAUCUGAAAUAUAAAUAUAUCAUCUAUUGCAAUUUAUUAUAAUUAUUUAUUACAGGAAUAAAAAUGAAAGCAGUUGUAUUCAUAAAAGUUUUUUGUAUUUUCCAUUUCUCUCUUAUGUAUAUUCACAAAGGACAAUUACAUCUGUCUUACCACAUAUCUUUGUCUAAAUGUAUUCUUACGUUGAUAAUAGUCAUCGAUAGCUAAAAUCAUUUAUUUUAUUACUUAUGUGUAGUCAUAUACUCACACUACCGUACUUCUAAGCAUACCUCAAUCUUAAGACGGACACAUCCAUGCAUCCUGAACGAAAUUUAUUACUAGCUUGAAACGUCCCCGUUUUGUUUUUCCUUUUUUUUAAUCCGUGAAAUGAGUUUUUUUUUAUACCAUUGCUUUCGCUGUCUCUACCUCCGUAUCAUCGUAUAGAGAAUUUGCGCUCGUGGCUGUGAGCCACGUGCACAAAAGUGCUAAGAGAGUUUAUGGCUCUUAGAAAACUUACACUUAUAACCGCCUUACUUAUACGAUCGCCUCUCUAAUCAUCAAUAUAUUAAAUUUUCUUCCAUUCCUCGCGUAAAUAAAUAUUCAUAAAUACAGGGGAGCGACGUGCGUGAAAGCUCUCUCUCUCGACUGUAUCUUUUACUCCUUUUACCGCAUUCACUCUUUUUCCCAUUCUCACGCUCUCACUCUCACUCUCGCUCUCGCUCUCUCGGGAAGAACGUGUCUUCUCGCCAAUAUCCCGCGAGAAGCUGCGAAGGAUCCGCCGAGAGAGGAUCACAUUCUCGCGCGUUUUCGCUCCCCCCCCCGCCCCCUCACCCGAAUUUCGAUUUAAAAUUUCUCCGUAGUUUUAUAUCAUCCAAAAAUAUAUAUACACAUAUACGUCGUGGUCGGCGUAUACGUAACGCUAACAAUCCUUACAACACAUACAUCUCCGCGGACUCGACAAACCGGCUUGACGGUCCACUAUCCGUAUUCAUUCUCAAACGUCCCCGGCAAACGAGAACGCGAUACCCGGCACUUUCCCGGGGGCCGACCGGUUCAUCGAUCACUUAUGCCCGUAUUCGUAGUCAAAUCUUAUAUUUGAAGCCUCCCUAAGUUUACCUUUAGAUGCUCUAUGGAUCAUUUCAUUGGCUACCAAGUAUCUAAAGAUGAAUUUAAGGGGGCCUUAAGUGUAAGGCCUGACUAUGAAUAUGGGUAUUAGAGAUUAAAAGCGUGUAAGCCGAUUUCGCGGGACAUAUACAUCGACUUGUCUGCUCCGUUUCGCUUUGUUUUUCCCUUUUUUUGUUUAUUUAUUGUUUGCACAUUCAUACGCAUGCUACGAGCUAUUAAAAAAAUUUGCUCUCGCACCCCUUCCUUUCGCUCGUCCUUCUUCACUCGCUACAUUCGUUCGUUCGUUCGUUCUCUCUUAUUUUUUUUCUCGAUUUUCUCGCUCGUUUUUUCAUAAAAAACAAAAUGGCAUCUUUUUGGCAUUGGAAGAAAAAAUACACUCUUCAACGUUUAUCUCUUAUCAUCUGCCGUCGUUCUAUCUCUCGAUCGUACCCCCCUCCUUCCUUCCCUCUCUUUUUCGCUGAUUAAUCAGAUUUCAGAUUUCUUUUUCUUCCUUGUACAGGGAUCUACGUAACGACUCGUCGAAUCGAUUUGUUAAGUAAAUCUCACGAUACACCUCAGAAAAAAAAGCUGACGUUAAAAAUCUUAAUUUGAUGUAUUAGGUAAAUUUCAUGAAGAGACAACACUCUUCAAUAUCCGGGAAAACGUUCAGCUUUAUUAUGGCAAAUUUGCGCCUCUAGAAAUGAUUGACCACUGUCGUUGCGUGUCAACCUGUACUUCGGACAGUUCGUUAUCUCGCUCUUCGUGAACAUCAAUUAUUGUUAUUACAAUUACGCCUCAUCUAAUCGUUUAACACUAUUUUGGCAUCGUCGAGCUGUAUAAUUUCCGAGCUUUCAACUUUAUAAAAAGUUUAUUUUUCUUUCUUCAAGCAAGAAUAACGAUCUUCGCGGUAUAUCUUAUCGACAGUUUUUUUUUUUUGGAAGUAUCGUACAAUGGUGUCUUGGGGUGCAUUUACACGUGCGUACACUUUUGGAAGUCAAGGGUGGAAUUCCUUUUGAUUUCCCUUCGUGAUUGCGCGCGGGCGUCGCGAGAACCCGCGUUCCUCGGUAAAGCGUUUAUCGAUCCAUGGAUCGUGAUUUGAUUUUCGUCGCGAGAGACCAAAGGAGACGUUUCUUCGCGCGAGGAACGAAUUUUGAGACGGUGGGACGAUGGUCCCUUGAAGUCUGGCGACACCCGCUGAAUCCGAAAGUCGUCACGAAACACUCUGACUUACAAUUGAAACUCGGAUGCGAAGACAGCCGCGUUUUACUAUAGUAUUGUCACUUCUGGCGGAAUACGAGGAGGACAACAGCGUCUUGCUACGUACGUUAAAAAGAAAAAAAAA